AAGCCAAGGGGUGCAUAGAGCUCCCAUCACCAUCCCCCCACACGGGACAAGAUCCACCUGCAGGAGGGGGCUGCAGGCUCAGCCCCAGUGCUUCUAAUGCCACAUGGAGAAAAGAUUUUCCCCUUUCCCAACUCAUUUCCCAUCUGCAUCACCAUAAUGCUUCAGGUGCUUCAGCCCAUCUACGAUGAGAUUAACCCCACACCUCUACUCCUCUGUGCAAUACAGAUGCUCCAAGCCCCAUGGUGUGCAUUUAAGGUCCCAAUGCAGCAUGAGGAGUAGCUGCCAGGGCUCACCCUGGGCACUCCCAGCUGAGCAGGGUCAGUGCUGCUGUUUGGGAUCCUCAGGAGCACAGUGCAUGGUCAUGCCCUAUCCAUCCCUCUCUGCUCGCAGCCCCACCAUAGCCUGUCCUCCUGAGCAUUUCAUUCCACCUCCCUGUCCCAUGAGGGGGUCUGAGCACUGCCAUAGAACCAGUUACAGACCAGUGAGGAGGAGCAAGGAGCCCAUCUUGGUGACACCAGCCCCGGCCACGGCCCGUCCCAGCAGCAGUAGGGUUAAGCCCGGCCGGGCGGGCGGCUGGACAGGCGUCAAGGUGGUUGCUCCAUCCAUCCCUGCGCAGUCCCAGGGGCCGGAGCGCCGAGAGGGAGCUCUGCCCUUCCCGGCACCAUGAGCGCAGGCAAAGCGGGCAUCACCCUCAUGCUCCCCUUGGCCCUGCUGCUGGCCACAGCCUCCCAGCCCCCGGGGGGGGACACCCCGAAGGAGCAGGGGGACGCAGACCCUCCCCGCUGCCCCAGCCCUUGCGCCUGCAGCUUGGAUGACUACACCGAGGAGCUCAACGUCUUCUGCAGCUCCCGCAACCUGACGCGCCUGCCCGAGGAUGUGCCCCCCAACGCCAAGGCCCUGUGGCUGGACGGCAACAACUUCACACUGCUGCCGGCCGCUGCCUUCAGGAACCUCUCGUCCCUGGACUUCCUGGACCUGCAGAGCAGCCAGCUGGCCGCCGUGGAGCAGCACGCCUUCCACGGGCUGCGGGGCCUCUACCACCUCCACCUCGAGCGCAACCACCUCAAGCACUUGGCUCCCCACACCUUCCUGCACACCCAGAACCUUGUGUCCCUCAGCCUCAACAACAACCACUUCAGCAAGGUGGAGGAAGGGCUGUUUGCUGGGCUCUCCAACCUCUGGUAUCUGAACCUGGGCUGGAACUCGCUCGUGGUCCUGCCUGACAAGGUCUUCCACGACUUGCCCAACUUGAGGGAGCUGAUCCUGGCUGGGAACAAGCUCCCCUACCUCCAGCACCAGCUCUUCUGCAGCCUUACUGAGCUGAAGGAGCUGGACCUGAGUGGGAACGCGCUCAAGGGCAUCAAGAUCAACAUCUUUGUCAAGCUGCAGAAGCUACAGAAGCUGUACCUGAACCACAACCAGAUCAACGCCAUCGCACCCCGCGCCUUCAUGGGCAUGAAGUCCCUCCGGUGGCUGGACCUGUCCCACAACCGUCUCGUCUCGCUGUUUGAGGACACGUUCCUGGGCCUCCUCAGCCUGCAUGUCCUACGCUUGUCCACCAACUCCAUCACCAGCCUGAGGCCCAGGACCUUCAAAGACCUCCAGUUCCUGGAGGAGCUGCAGCUGGGGCACAACAGGAUCCGGAGCCUGGCAGAAAGGACCUUUGAUGGAUUGGGCCAGCUGGAGGUUCUCAGCCUCAACAACAACCAGCUGCAGGACAUCAGGGCUGGGGCGUUCUUGGGGCUGUACAACGUGGCAGUGAUGCACUUGUCUGCCAACUGCAUUAAGGUGCUCCCUGACUACGUGUUCAAGGGGGUGACCAAGCUGCACAGCCUCCACCUGGAGCACAGCUGCCUGGGCAGGAUCCGGGUGCACACCUUCUCCAGCCUCACCAGCCUGCGGCGCCUCUUCCUGCAGCACAACGCCAUCGCCGUCAUCGAGGACCAAAGCUUCAGUGAGCUGCAUGAGCUCCUGGAGCUCGACCUCAAGCACAAUGGGCUGAGCAGCCUCUCAUCCCAGCUCUUUGUGGGUCUGAGAAACCUGGAGUACCUCUUCCUCUCCUCCAACCAGCUCCUGGAGAUCUCCCAGGACACCUUCACCCCGCUCCAGAGACUCUUCUGGCUCGACCUCUCCCAUAACCAGCUGGAGACGCUGGACAACUCCAUCAUCUCCCCCCUGGCCAACCUGCGGUACCUCAGCUUGAGGAAUAACUCACUGGAGACCUUCUCAGUGGGCUUCCUGUGCAGCCCCUUUACCCUGGAGCAGCUGUGGCUGGGGGGCAACAACUGGCACUGCAACUGCUCCUUGAAGGGCUUGCGGGACUUCUCCUUGCAGCACCCUGUGGUGGUCCCACGCUUCGUGCAGUCUGUGGCUGAGGGGGAUGAUGCCCAUGUACCUGUUUACACCUACAACAACCUCACCUGCCUUCACCCCCCGGCCGUGGCAGGCCUGGACCUCCGAGACACCUCUGAGGACAGCUUUGCUCACUGCUGA